AUGGCCACCAACGUACCCGUCAACUCACCUACCGUCCUGCCUCAGCCGAAGGCGGGCGCCAACACCCUCCAUUCAACCCAUGACUUUGGACAUAUGGUUCUUGAGAAGAACCUGGACAUUCCACUCAAAGACGGCCAAGGUGUCCUCCGCGCCAACCUCUACAAGCCCAAGGCGCCCGGCCGCUACCCGGUCCUCGUUACGUACGGACCUUACGGCAAAGACAUCCGAUAUGUCGACUUUCACUAUCCCUCAUUCUCCGAGAUCCCGGACGAGCAAAAGUCGGAGGCGAACUCGGCGUGGGAGACCCCUCACCCGGAGUACUGGACUGCCAAUGGCUAUGCUGUGCUUCGCGUCGACGAGCGUGGCAUUGCUUCCUCGUACGGGUACCUCGACACGAUGAGCCCCCAGACGGCAGGCGACUUUUACCAAGUGAUCGAGUGGGCUGCCGAUCAGCCUUGGUCUACGGGCCGCAUUGGCUUGCUCGGUAUCUCCUACUACGGCGGGUCGCAAUGGCGCGUCGCAGCGCGUAAACCCAAGGGCCUCACGUGCAUCGUCCCUUGGGAGGGCAUGACCGACUACUACCGCGAUCGGGUUCGCCACGGCGGCAUCUACUCGAACGAGUUUAUCGACUACUGGUGGGACAACCAGGUCAAGCCGAUGCAGUACGGCAAUGGUAACAAGGCUCGCCGACACUUCCCCCCCGACUGGGAGGGCCCUUUGAUCGGUCCCGAGUGCCUCGAGGGAUCGAUGAAUGACGAGGCCCGAAACAAGAUGCGCUGUGAUCAACCCAAGGACAACAGCGAGCACCGCUACCUUGACGAGCCGUACCACGACUCGCGCGUCUACAACCUGUCCGACAUUGAGGUGCCUAUCCUCAGUGUUGCCAACCUCGGAGGUAUUCUUCUCCACCUCCGCGGCAACGUCGUUGGGUACAUUGAGGCUGGAACGAAGAACAAGUGGCUGUGGUUCAUUGCUGGCCGCCAUGACCUUCCUUUCUACCUCCCGGAGCAUGUCAAGCUUCAAAAGUCGUUCCUCGACGCCUGGCUCAAGGAUGAGGACCCCGACGGAUGGAAGCUCGGCCCAAAUGCCAAGAUCCCUGCGGUCAACCUCCUCAUUCGCAAAGGCAACCCCCCUUACAACACGGCUGAGGGCGACGCAUCGUUCAAGUCACGCGUUGAGAAGGAGUGGCCCCUUGCUCGCACGGUCUACACCCCCUUCUACCUCACCCCCGAGCAGACUCUCUCACUCUCGCCAUCGACCAAGGAGGGCACCUUUGAGCUUGAGCCCCUCGGAAAGGCCAAGCCCAUCUGGUUCCCAUUCAAGUUUGAUAAAGAGACCGAGAUCGCGGGCCACUCGACGGCCAAGCUUGUCUACUCUAUCAAGGGUGCUCCCGGGGGUACUACACCUCGUGACAUCGACGUCUUCCUCACCGUUAGGCACAUCGCUCCCGACGGCAAGGAAGUCCUGUACACCGGCACUGUCGGUGACCCUGUUCCCCUUGCAAAGGGAUGGCUCCGCGGAUCGCUGCGCAAGAUUGACACCACCUCGCCCAAGAAUCACGAGUGGCUUCCGUACCGCCAGUACCGCUCGACCGACGUCGAGUAUCUCAAGCCUGACACGAAGUACGAGUUGCUGGUCGAGAUCUGGCCCACCGCUGUGGUUGUCGAGGCUGGAGGCCAAAUUGUACUCGAAGUCGCCACGGGCGAUACACAGGGUUCCGGCAUCUUCGGCCACACCGACCCCAAGGACCGCAGUGAGGCCGACUUUGGCGGCAUCAAUGUUUUGCACGUGGGAGGAGAGUCAGGUAGCUGGCUCAAGCUUCCAGUGGUUUAG